UGGAACUGAUAGCCACCCGAAACAAGAAUCCGAUAACCCUCGACGUGAUGUUCAUGGAUAACUCGGUCCAGAAAGUGGAGGUGGAUUCGGCGUCUACGUCCGAAGAAAUUUGUAAAGAGAUCGCCACCAAGCGUGAGCUGAAGGACGUCUUCGGGUUCUCGCUGUUCAUCACGUUGUUCGACAAGGUCAUGUCUUUGGGGAGCGACUCAGACCACGUCAUGGACGCCAUAUCCCAGUGCGAACAAUACGCUAAAGAGAAGGGUCAGUCGGAACGAAACGCCCCGUGGAGGUUGUUCUUCAGGAAGGAGAUCUUCACGCCUUGGCACAACCCUGCGGAAGAUGCAGUGGCUACUAAUUUGAUCUACCAUCAAGUCAUCCGAGGUUUGAAAUUCGGGGAGUACCGCUGCAACGUCGAACUGGACGUGGCUUCCUUGAUCGCUACCCAGUACUACGUGGACCACGGCGCAGAAAUGAAACCCGAGGUUCUCCACACCCGCAUAGGAGAAUACAUGCCGACGUACCUCGUCAAGAAAGGUCAAGGCAACCUAUCCGUCUGGGAAAAACAAAUCAAAGACGCCUUCCCGAAACUACUCUGCGUCCGAAACAAACUCGCCCCCAUCAAAGCUCAAGAGUUCAUCGUCAAGUACGCCAAAAACACUUGGCCCAUUCUCUUCUCCAAAUUCUAUGAAGCCAUCCAAACCGGAGGUCCCGACCUUCCCACUAAAAACAUGAUCAUCGCUAUUAACUGGACCGGUAUUUUCAUGAUCGACGACCAAGAACAGAUCCUCCUCGAACUGACCUUCUCGGACGUGAGUCUCGUGAGUUUCGAGCGGCUUCCCUACAGUCCUCUGCACAAGUUUUCACUAACCACGGUCCGAAACGAAGAAUACACGUUCUUGAGUCCGGACGCCGAAAGCAUGUGCACCCUCAUCCAGUACCUCCUCGACGGUUUGAAGAAGCGUUCGUUGUACGUCGUGGCCCUCCAGGACUACAAACACGAAACCAACGCGCCUUCGUUCCUUAGUUUCCGCAAAGGCGACUUGAUCACGCUGAAGAACGGUCUGAACGGAGAGGCGUUGAUGUCUGCAACGUGGGGCUACGGAGAGUGUAACACUGCUGUGGGAGAUUUCCCAACCGAGCACGUCUACAUCCUUCCUGCUAUUACCGAACCGCCUGCUGAUAUUCUCGUAGCUUUUAAGAAAGAGGGGGUAGUUGGGGCGAAAAAACCGACGGCACCGGUGUUGACGACGAUGCAGAGGAUGAAGUUGUACACUUUGGCGCACUAUGCGGACGAGCACUUCCGCAUGGGGAAGAAACUUGCGGCCAACAAGCCUUCGGUCAUCACCGCUGCGAGAAGAGCAUCUCGUGAGGAGCUGUGGAAGUACACGAACGAACCGAUCUACCAACCGCACUUGCAGAAGUUGCUGUCGAACGAAGAGCUGAGUAAGGAGGCGUGUUCGGCCUUCACCGCCAUACUCAAAUACAUGGGUGACCUCCCGGCACCCAAAGCCAAGUUCAGUAACGAAUACACCGACCAGAUUUUCGCAGAAGCUUUGAAACACGACAUGCUCAAAGACGAGAUCUACGUCCAGAUCAUGCGCCAGCUGACAUUCAAUAGGUUGCUACUAAGCGAAGAGAAAGGUUGGGAGUUGAUGUACCUAGCAACCGGGCUUUUCAUACCAAGCGCGUCGCUCAUGACUGAACUGCAGAAAUUCUUAACCUCACGAACACACCCCGUCGUCGAACCUUGCUUGAAGCGCCUUCAAAGAAGCCAGAAAGUCGGUCCUAGAAAAUACCCGCCGUAUUCCGUCGAAGUCGAAGCCAUCCAACACCGCAGCAUGGAAAUCUACCACAAGAUUUACUUCCCAGAUGACACCGACGAAGCGUUUGAGGUGGACUCAGUCACCCGAGCGUCCGAUCUAUGCAAAACCAUCUCCUCCAGGUUGGAACUCGGGAGUACCGAUGGUUUUAGUCUCUUCGUCAUGAUUUCCGACAAGGUGUUCUCCAUUCCCGAAAACUACUUCUUCUAUGACUUCCUCCACGAACUCAUUGACUGGAUGCGCAAGAGCAAACCCAACUGGAACAGUGCUGCCCCCAUCCAAGCUCAGUACCAAGUCUUUUUCAUGAAGAAACUCUGGAUCAACGCGAUUCCGGGCAAGGACCACAACGCCGACCAAAUUUUCCAUUUCCACCAAGUACCUUCGAGGCUUCCACAGGUGCACCAAGCACCACGCGUUGAAACUGGCGGCGCUGAUUUUGCACGCUCGUUGUGAUAACGACUUCCAGC